GAGAACGUUCAGAUAAUACUUGGAUGCUCUGGAACUCCUAACCUAAUUUCUUUCACUUCUCAGAGAACCGCUGAAAGCGGAGAACGAACCGCAAAUAAUAUUCUUCGAUCAUCGUUACGCUCGCUGACUUGACGUAGUAUGUGACAAGACCACAAGACUUUGGGCCGAUCCGAGCAAGCAAUAAUCCGAGUGUGUUACGGCGUUACCACUUCCGUUUGCUUUCAGAGGGCGUUGGCAAAUUAUUUUCUGCUCGUAAAGUGCACAAUGACGACGGCAGAUCAACAGCUCGACUCCGCCCUCGAUCUCAUGAGGAGGUUGCCGCCUCAGAAGAUAGAGAAGAACCUGAGCGAUUUAAUAGACCUGGUGCCUGGGCUUUGUGAAGAGCUCCUGUCCUCCGUCGACCAGCCACUGAAGAUAGCGACUGACAAAAAGUGUGGCAAAGACUAUCUGCUGUGCGACUACAACAGGGAUGGCGACUCUUACAGGUCCCCAUGGAGCAACAACUACGAGCCCCCGCUGGAGGACGGAGCGCUGCCCUCGGAGCGGCUGCGCAAGCUGGAAGUGGAUGCCAACAAUGCCUUUGACCAGUACCGGGAGAUGUACUUCGAGGGCGGCGUCUCGUCCGUCUACCUUUGGGACCUGGACCACGGCUUUGCGGGCGUGGUGCUCAUCAAGAAGGGCGGCGACGGCUCCAAGAAGAUCAUGGGCAGUUGGGACUCCAUCCACGUCGUCGAAGUCCAGGAGAAAUCAAGUGGCCGAAAUGCGCACUACAAGCUGACGUCGACGGCCAUGCUUUGGCUGCAGACGAAAAAACCUGGUUCGGGAACCAUGAACCUCGGUGGCAGUCUCACGAGACAGAUGGAGCAAGACAGUCCUGUAAGCGAAGCAGUUCCUCACAUUGCCAACAUUGGAAAGAUGGUUGAGGACAUGGAGAACAAGAUCAGGACGACGCUGAAUGAGAUCUACUUUGGCAAGACGAAGGACAUCGUCAAUGGCCUGCGCUCCCUGCAGCCGCUGCAGGACCGGAAGCAACAGGAGGCCCUCAGGAAUGACCUCGCCCAGGCACUACGGAACCGCCAGGCCAAGCAGGACAGCUAAUGACUGCAGGCUGCAACGCGCAGCGACACUUGCCGACGAGACGUUGCCGCGGCUGUCACACGCGCCGAAAAGAGAGAGAGAAAGUCCAGCUGCCACGGCCGCCACAUUGUCGGUCGCCGCAGUCGACGAGGGCGCGUACGCACCCGACGGCGGUGUAUUUUUCCCCGCACCCCGCGGUGUCGGCAGUCAUCACGCAGACAAUGUUUUUCACCUGCACCCAUGAAUUACAUGCAUCAACAAAUCGGGGGAGAGGAGAGUGUGCGAGACAUGAGACUGUGACACUUUUGGGAGAAGGGUCGUGCGAGGGGUGGAAGGUGCAGCGUGAACGGACGACGAUGCACUGCCUUGUUUCUCCAGCUCAGGCGGUAUUUCGAGGAUGCUGUUGUUCGCGAGACUCGGCCGAGCGAGCAAAAACCACACACGCACACACACAAAACAAGGCUACAUGCAACUUUUUUUCCUUUUCCUCGUUUUGGCUUCGGUCUACUGCCACUGUGUCCCUCCCUCGCCCCUCGUUAAUCCACGAUGCAAGACCGAUCCAUGACGAGCCCACUUAUGAGUUUGUCAUGUAAAACUGCGUAGAACGAAACUGACCCGCGUGGGAAGCAGUUCCCAACGGUGCAGCAGCACUUUCUUUACAAUGUUGGCUUUCUUUCAGAAUGAGUUUUAACGAAACUGUGUCGUCGCUCGUUUUUUUUUUUUUUUUUUUUCCGCCCACAGUUUUGUGUGUGGUCCAGUUUACGUUUUAAAAGGAGCCUGGCUCCUUUUUUUGUUGACUUUUCGUGGAUGCGUUUUGAUUUACCAGAAGAGAAAGUAGCUUUAGGAUGUAGUCGAAAGACCGUUCUCUGCUGUAACUGUUGACUUCUUGUCGCGAGGGCACUUGUUUUUACCCAGGAAUGCUUAUUUCAAUCUUUUUUUUCCUCCAAUAUCUUUAACACACACACUGAUUGAAGUCUUGUUUUUGUGUUGCGAGUAGUAUUAUGUCUGGCAUGGAGGGAGCAACAGUUAAUUUGAAAGUUGUUGAACACUGAAGCUGCGGGCACGACAGAAUGCAAGUGCCACUACAUGCAAACACCUUAGACCGCAACACUUUGUUACUAGAUCCAGUUUAUUGUAGUCAAGCCCCUCGUUUGCCCCCCCUCGUCGGACUCCUGCGGCCAGCGCAAUCAAUCCUCUCCGCAGCCUUACGUUCAUGACCUGAGCACUUAUGUAAUUUAUUGUUGAUUACCUAUGCGGAACCUGCUAUGCUUUCUUUUUUUUUUCUGCCAUUUAUAGUAGUCUCUCCAGGCACUCUGCAGUAUGAAACGCGCAUGUUGUUGGAAGUUUGGUCACUAGGGGUAGCGAGUGCGGAUGUGUUUUGCGGGGGACCUCCCUCCCCUAUUACUUCUUUUUGACGCCACUCGCGAUUCUCCCACAAGGCACGCAUCGUCGCUUUUGUGUUUUGUUAAUGGACUACUUGUUGAGCCUAACACUUUUUUGGUGGCUGGUGUAUAAGUGGUCGUCUUCCUGUUCUUGCGCUGCUAAGCAAAAAUGGAAUAGGAGAUGUGUACAUUAAAAGAAGCGGAAAGGUGCAUAUUAAGAAGAAAAAAAAAAUCACAGAUGUUACAAUAAAAGGCUUAUAUUCAUAUAAAA